AUGGAAUUGGAAACAUUGCCUCGUCCCAGUCAAAAUGCACUAAUUAAUAAUAAUAGAAACUAUACCAAGCAACGGCGCUUGCUGAACGAUAUGCAUAAUAUGCAAUCGUACAACGCUUAUAAAUCUAUCAAACCAGUUCGAACCACUACCGAGUCAACACCCCGCAGUGAAACAAUUUUAAUCGCACUUUCGUAUUUGGUUGUGUUGAUAUUAUUUCCCGUUGCGGUAUUCUGUUGUAUAACUACAGUAAAAGAAUACGAACGUGUAGUUAUAUUACGUUUGGGUCGUCUACGAAAACGUGGAAUGUUUGGUCCUGGUGUUUUGUUUUUGUUGCCCUGUGUCGAUGAAUAUUAUAAGGUCGAUAUGCGUACAAAAGCAUUUGAUGUAGAACCUCAGGAAAUUCUUACUAAAGAUUCGGUUACGAUUUCGGUGGACGCUGUAGUUUAUUAUAGUAUACGGAAUCCAUUAGAUUCGGUAUUGCAAGUGGCCGACGUUACUGAAUCAACAAGACUUUUAGCGCAAACUACCCUUCGUAAUGUAAUUGGCACGAAAAAUCUUAUGGAAAUGUUAACGGCGAAAGAAACUCUAUCGAAAACUAUUGAAAAAAUUUUGGAUGACGCCACCGACGCUUGGGGUGUAAAAGUUGAACGCGUAGAGAUGACCGAUUUGCGUCUGCCAACUUCUAUGCAAAGAGCAAUGGCUGCCGAAGCUGAAGCGUUACGUGAAGCUAAAGCAAAAAUUGUAGCGGCCGAAGGGGAAUUGAACGCAUCUCGCGCUUUAAAACAAGCUUCCGAUGUUAUGGCUAGUAAUCCGAUUACCUUGCAGUUAAGAUAUCUGCAAACAUUGUCAACUGUUUCCAGUGAAAAGAAUUCAACAAUUAUCUUUCCCUUCCCUAUAGAAGUUAUGCCCACUAGCACUAUUAGCGCAAAAUCUAAAUUUUGA